AUGUCGCUGAGCGAGAAGCUGGAAGCGGCGCGUAUCGCACUGGGCAAGCGCAAGGAGCGGGAGCUGCAGCAGCUGGGCCCCGCCCCGGCCCCAGCCCUAGCCCCAGAGCCUGCAGCUAAAGCCGAGCUGUCCAAGCCGGCUCGGGCCGGCAACAACAAGCUGCUAGCCGGGAAUCUGGCCCACGAGUUCCUGACCCACGGCACGCUCCUGGGCCGCCGGAUCGAGCCGAGCCAUCACCACCAACCCGCUGCCGCGGCCGCCUCCCCGCGGCCCGAGCCCGAGCCGAAGAGGAGGUACGCGGAGCUGUCCUGGCUGCUGAUGACGAACGGGGCCCACAUCCCCGGCGUCGUCAACCCCACGCAGCUCGGCCGCUGGCUCCAGAUAAAGGAGUGA